AUGGUAUCUAAUAUAUCGAAAACACAAAUUUUAUCAAUUUACAAGUCCUUAUUGAGGGAAUCUGAGAAAUUUUCUAAUUAUAAUUUCAGAUCUUACGCUAUAAGAAGGGUUAGAGAUGCUUUUAAAGAGCACAAAUCGUUAACAGAUAAGAAUUUAAUAAAUAAGGAAUAUCAGUUCGCAAAGGAUAACAUUGCAAUAAUCAAACGCCAGGUGGUCAUUGGAGAAAUGUAUAAAACGGAGAAGCUUGUAAUUGAAAAUCAACAAUAA